AUGGCUCCCAUUCGGAAGGAUGAGGCGUGGGACCCCACUUUGUAUAAUAUUUUGUCGAUAAAAUUUGACGUACAACACACUGGUAAAACGAUCGAGGAAUUGUCAAACAGUCUCAACAAACCUUGGUCGACCAUCCAAGAACAUUUGAAGCAGAUUGGGAAAGUAAGCAGAGCAGGUGUUUGGGUUCCGCAUAAUCUGUCCGAACAGAAUAAGGCUAACCGAACAAUCACAUGCAACUUAUUGCUUCAACGACACAACACAGAAGCGUUUUUUGAUCGCUUGAUCACAGGAGAUGAGAAAUGGGUCCUGUAUGAUAACCCAAAACGCGUUAGGCAGUGGCUCUCUCCAAACGAAAUCCCUCGGAGUACUGCUAAGCCAGACCUCUACAGCGAACAAUUGCAGCGAGUCAAUCAAUCUUUAAUUGAAAAGUGGCCAGCGAUUGUCAACCGAAAAGGCGUCAUUCUCCAACAUGACAAUGCAAGACCGCACUGCGCAAGGCGAACUCUAGAAAAAAUUAAUGAAUUGGGGUGGGAGGUGCUGCCUCAUCCACCAUAUUCGCCCGAUGUUGCACCAUCGGAUUUCCACUUAUUCCGAGCGCUGCAACACUUUUUAAGUGGCAAAACAUUUGCAAAUUUGGAUGAUAUCCAAAAUGCCAUCUCUAGAUAUUUUGCCGAAAAACCAAUUAAUUUUUAUCGAUCAGGGAUUGAAAAUUUACUCACUAGAUGGCAAAAGGUUAUUGACAAUGAUGGGGAAUACAUCAUUGAUUAA